AUGUUUCUUUUCAAGAGAGGCGUUUCGGAUCAACCACCUAGGUUGGAGGAGGCUGUGCCAUACGUCACGAAUGUCUACCAAUACAUGACCAACAAGAAACUCUUCCUCGAGCGAGUGACGGAAGCACUCUCAAAGAGCCCGGUCGUGCAAUGCCGUCUCGGGCCAAUGAACAUAUACUGCAUCACCGGCGCGAGCAACAUUGCAGCCAUGUUUCGACCCGCGGCCAUUUCAGACCCUUGGAUCAUCCGAAUUCUUACAACGACGGCGGGAUACCAGCCAAACGACUUGGAAAAGUUCGCGCAGGACACGACAGGCGGCGGAAGGGUACCACGUCCUGGUACCGAGGCACCACACAAUAAACGUAUUUGGCACGCCAUGCACCAGAUCUAUGACGAGCAUCUCGCCAAAUCCCAUGCCGUAACGUCGUUGUCCAAGUCUUUUCAGCAUUUCUUUGGCAAGGAACUCGAUAGGGUACCCCUUGAUGGCCACGAGUGGGAAGAAGUUGGCGUCCAGGAUUUCCUGCGUCAGCACAUGGCCACUGCAGUGGUGUCUGCCAUUACAGGCCCCCGGCUCAUUGAGAUAAACCCAGACUUUAUAGGAGCCUUCUGGAAGUACCAGAUAUAUGCAGAGAAGCUAGCCUUUGGUAUGCCAGAGUGGAUGAAUGCGGAUGGCGUCCGAGCCCGAGAGACGGUGCGUGCCAUGUGCGAGAAGUGGUACCAGGUAUCGGAUGAGCGCUUUGACUGGGGCGCGGAAAUGAGUGACGUUGCGUUCGAGGAGAAUUUCGGAUCGCGGCUCUCUCGUGAGCUGUGUCGAUGGGGGAAGAGGUUUGACUUCAGCUCUGAGAGUAUGGGCUCACUCUACUGUCUGCUCUUCUUUGGGCUUAACUCGAACAUGAUUUUUAUGGCUAUUUGGUAUUUGAUUGAAGUUCUCAAGAAUCCCGAUUUGCUCCGUUCAGCCAAGGAGGCCAUGGCUAGUUGUUUCGUCCAAGACGAUUCGGGUUCCCAAAAACUUGAUCCUCAAAAGCUCGCUUCUAACCCAUUACUCCAGUCCAUUUACAUUGAGGUUUUGCGGGUGCAUGUCAGCAUUAACAUCACCCGCACGCUCAAGGAUCCUGCUGUCAUCGGAGGCUAUCCUUUAGCUGCUGGCUCUGUGAUUCAAGCGCCGAGCCAUGUGGCUCAUCUCGAUGAUGAAGUCUGGGGCUCCGACGGGCAUCCUGCCUCUGAGUUUUGGGGCGAACGCCAUCUUAAAACCACUGAGGCAAUCGGUUCGGACGGGAAGAGAACAGAGAAGAAGGAGUUUUCGCUCGGGAACCGGUCAGGAUCUUUUCUCCCAUAUGGUGGCGGGGUCGAUAUCUGCCCCGGUCGCCAUCUCGCCAAGACACAGAUUAUCCUUGCCUCGGCGAUGAUUUUGACUAAGUUCGAUAUCAAAUUUCUCGGAUGGGUUAAUCCAGAUGGAUCGCCCUCAAAAUUGCCCGUGGGGGAUGAUUACAGCUAUGCAGGGGCCCAUGCCCUCCCGCCCGCGGGGGACAUGAAGCUUAAGUGGAGGAGGGUUGCAUGA